AUGGAGUGCCAUAUAUCACAUUUGAAUAUAUAUAUAUAUAUAUCCGCGGCAACAAAGCCAUUACUAUUAGCCGAUCUUGCCUCUGGUAAAAGCCAUAUUCCCUCGAACUAUAUCCGACCAGAAAAUGAUCGACCAAAUCUCAAUGAGGUUGAAUCGUUUGAUGGUAAUUCCAUUCCUCUCAUCGACUUUCAAGGCCUUGAUGGUCCUAAUCGCUUUGAUAUUAUCAACCAGAUUGGUCUUGCCUGCCGAAACUACGGUUUCUUUCAGGUAAAAAACCAUGGGAUCGACGAAGCCGUCGUGAACAGAAUGUUAGAAGUGGCAAGGGAGUUCUUCCACAUGCCGGAAACCGAGAGGGAGAAGAGCUACUCCGACGAUCCGUUCAAGACGACGAGGCUGUCGACGAGCUUCAACGUCAAGACGGAGAAAGUGUCAUGCUGGAGGGACUACCUCCGCCUCCACUGCCACCCCCUGGAGGACUACGUCGCCGAGUGGCCCUCGAACCCACCGUCCUUCAAACCCGACGUCGCCGAGUACUGCCGCAACGUCAGAGGGUUGGUGCUGAGGAUUCUGGCGGCGAUAUCGGAGAGCCUAGGGCUUGAGAAGGACUACGUGGAGAGGGCUCUGGGGAAGCACGGACAGCACAUGGCCAUCAACUACUACCCCAAAUGCCCACAACCCGAAUUGACUUACGGGUUGCCGGGUCACUCCGACCCGAAUGCCAUCACGGUGCUGCUUCAGGAUGACGUGCCGGGAUUGCAGGUGCUCAAGGAUGGAAAGUGGGUGGCUGUCAACCCCAUUCCUAAUACGUUCAUUGUCAAUAUCGGUGAUCAAAUACAGGUUCUAAGCAAUGAUCGUUACAAGAGUGUGCUCCAUCGGGCCGUGGUGAACUGCGACAAGGAAAGGCUAUCCAUUCCAACAUUCUACUGUCCAUCAUAUGAUGCAACAAUUGGCCCGGCCCAGAAACUGAUUGAUUGUGAGGAACCAGCUCACUACAGGAGCUUUACAUAUGGCGAAUACUAUGAAAAAUUCUGGAAUCGGGGCCUUAAGACACAGACCUGUUUGGACAUGUUCAAAACAACUCUUCCUUGACCACACUUUGCAUCCCGUUUUGGAGCUUUUCACCUGUACUAGUAAGAAUAAUAGAAGGUGGAUCAUAUUGGCCGGCCUUAUGUUGCGGAAUUCAUAUUUUAUUAAUGGACAGUGUCCUGUAACAUUAUGUUAAUAU